CAGAGCACAUACCGGGUCAAGGUGCGGCGCAUACAUGGCUCUCCUCGGACGGCCUCUUACCUCACACCACCAAAGCAUUCAAGAAUGUGGCAGGACUGUUGCCCCUGCCCGCCAGCGUAGCUGUCCAAGCAAGGUCUUUGCAGUCUUUGGCCCCCGGAGACGACUCUGACGACUCUAGCCAGCCUUUGUGCCCAUACUCUUGGGCCAAACCUCUUCAUCCUCUGGUCUGCAAGUAUGGCUUCGCCAGCCCAGUGCCUAUCCCAGGCAGCGAGGAGCGCCCAGAGCUCGAUGGUGAUGACUAUGCUGGCAAGGUCGACAGACCUCGUGCUGCAGCGCCAAUUUGCAAUGGCAGGAACACGGCUUGCCGCUGUGCUCAACACGGUUCUUCUACCUGAAGCGCAGGCCGCCAAAGCAUCAACCGUCCUCGCUCCCAGCAGCUUCACGCAAUUGCCUUUAUCCGCAUUUCAGAUCGAUCAGGUCCCUUUCGUUGACGUCGCGAGCCGGCAUGACGGCGAUGGUUCUGGAGGCUCAGGCGGUGCCUUGUGGCCGCUCAUCAAGGUCACAGCCUCUAGCAUCAUCGAAGUGGCGCUUCUCAGCGUCGUAGGAUACUUCUUGGCUCGAAGAGGGGUCAUCGACAAGACGACGCAGACGAAAUUGAACAAGAUCAACGUGUCUUUCUUUACGCCCGCUCUGCUUUUUAGCAAGGUGGCCUUCACGCUCAACCCUGGACGACUUGCCGAGCUGGCAAUCGUGCCCAUAGGCUUUGUUGUUGUGAGCGCCUUCAGCGCUAUUGUGGCGUACGUCUUGGCCAGGAUAGCCCGCAUUACGCGCGCACAGAGGAACUUUGCCAUCGCCUGCGCGAUGAGUCCCAACUCCAACAGUCUUCCGGUAGCCUUGAUGCAAAGUCUUGUAAUGACUGUGCCACAACUGCACUGGGAGGAAGAGGGGGAACCAGAAGAUACUGUAGACGGUAUGCUCGGCAGAGCUCUCACGUAUCUCGUGCUGUUCUCGACUCUGGGCAUGCUCACCAGGUGGAGCAUCGGUGCCAAGCUGCUUGCAACUGUGGAUGAAGAGCCCUCGAAGGACGCGACGGCCGGACCAAGUGGAGCGCAAUACGCCGACUAUCCCGAGCCUACCUCAUCUGCCAGAACAGGAACGCUGAUCGAUGUGGAUGACAGUGCCGUCGAGCCAAGGCGACCUCCGUCCAUCAAGAUCCGCAGAGCUACCGGCGACGUCCGAGCCGAUGCAGAAGGCGAUGAGGAUCUUGGCGGUCCGGCGUUGACCGAGCGGCGACCUUCCCGAUCGCGCCCUGUGCACUGGACGCGCAGCUUCCCAAACACGCCCACUGCGCCUUCCUCCGAGCGUGGGUCCGAUGACGAGAGCGAUGGGGAGGAAGCCUCUCAGCACUCUGAUGCCACGCGUCGUCCAGCGUGGGCAAGGACUGCCAGCAGCCGUUCCGCGCACAAACGCAAAUCCUUUGCGCAUCGCUACGUGCUCAAGCCCUAUCGAGCUUUCAUGGGUUUCAUGACGAUGCCGCUCUGGGCCGCCGUCAUCAGUCUCAUUGUGGCCAUGAUUCGUCCCUUGCAAGUUGCGAUUGGCAGCAUCGAACCGCUGGUUGGAGCUCUGCAAACCGCUGGCUCUGUCAGUGUUCCACUGACCAUGGUCGUCUUGGGAGCCUACUUUGUGCCACCUGAGCCCGGGAAGAAGGCGGAAGCGCCGGCUGCUCAGACUUCUUCCAGAUCCGCUCCGGAUGCCGCUCAGUCGGGCGAAGGUCUGAGCCAAGCUUCGACGCUCGUUGGUCAUCCGAAUCCCGAAAGUGAUCCUGCUGGCGAUGGUACCCAAGCCGACCAGAAAAAGGGCGCAUCUUCGACCAGAAAAUUGCCGUGGAUGCGGAAUCCUUGGGGCUCGCAGUCGCAACUGCUGGAGGAGGGUCAGGACGUAGAGGCUGGAGUCCGGAGAGACUCUGUCGGCUGGAGCAGCGCGGCUAGCGAAGCGAGCACGGCCUCGGUCUCGGAGGCCAUUCGUCCGAGCUCGGAAGCCGCUUCGAACGCAAGAAGCAACGCAGCUGGACCUGCUGGGUCAGCGCUGCGUCAACAGAGCGGCGGCGCUUCUCGAGUAGGCGCGCGCGAAGCGGCAGAGCGUCGAGAAGCGUCUCAGGAGAGGCGCACCAUUGCCGUAUCGCUCUUGGCUAGGAUGGUCAUCACUCCGCUAGUGGUCAUUCCCAUCUUUGCCUACUACUGCAUCGCCACGAGGGAAAAUGUGGCGGAUGAUCCGGUGCUCAUUGUCUGUGCCCUCUUGCUCAUUGGAAGUCCACCAGCUCUCACGCUAGCACAAAUCACCCAGAGCUCAAAGAAUGGAGGUUUCGAGAGGCUCAUCAGCAAGACCAUCUUUGUGGCCUACGUCAUACUUAGCGCUCCCACCACCGUCAUCCUCACCGUCAUUGCGCUCAGGAUUGCCGAAAACGAUCACGGCUCGGGCAGAACUGGCGGCAGCUGAUGCUUGGCUGAUCCAGACGACGACUUGCUGCAACGACGGUGC